AUGGUGGUUCGAUCACUCAACGCAGAAAACGGGUAUCUAACAGGGUUAACUGCAAUACUCGGAUCUGCAUCACAAAGGACAAAGGCGUGGGGUUCAUCGUUAGCAUUUUUGUUCCCGAACACACCCACGGAGUUCCAUAAUUUCAAACGUGACCUCCAGUCAUACGUUCACGACAAGGACAGAGAGAUGAUCAUUGCAAAGUUCAAACAAAAACAUGACAUUUGUGAGAACUUUUUCUUUGAUCACUAUCUCGAUGAAGAAAAACAUCUUGCGCGUCUUUUUUGGGCUGACCACACCGGGCGUCAAAGUUUUAAGAGUUUUGGUGAUGUGAUAUCCUUCGAUGCAACGUAUGGUACGAACAGGUACAUUUUGGUGUUCGUACCUUUUACCGGGGUAGACCACCAUAAACGCUGCAUUACGUUCGCUGGCGGGUUGCUGACUCGAGAAGACACUGACUCAUACGUGUGGGUUCUCGAGAGAUUUAAAGCUGCAAUGGGAAAGAGCCCCUUGUGUGUCGUAACUGAUCAAGACCCGGCUAUGAAGAGUGCUAUUGCACAGGUAUUGCCGGAGUGUCGGCACCGUUACUGCAUGUGGCAUAUCAUGACCAAAGUGAGCGAGAAAUCAGGGGUUGAAUUAUCAAAAGAACAGACUUUCCGAACCCAGCUUAACAACGUUGUGUGGAAUGAGACCAUUGGCAUUGGCGAUUUUGAAACGCAAUGGCAGUCGUUAAUGGAAAAGUACAACUUAACAGGGCAUCGAUGGUUCACCAAGUUAUACACAAAACGGGCGUUUUGGAUUCCAUCUUAUUUUUUAGAUUUACCCAUGAGCGGUGUCCUACGUACCACAUUGUAG